AUGCCGUUUUACUGCUGUCAGAGUUUGCUGGUGGCUGAUCGAGAGGCCGAAGAUAUGAACUAUUAUCGAAACAGCAAUCACGAUGUAGCCCCUCGAAACAACUGCCGUCGCCGCAUAGUCACCAAAGAAAUGGCCUUUUACUGUUUUGAUAUUCUAUGCAGCCACUUACAUCGGCAUCAAGAACCGCCUUGGCCAAAUUUUCCCAAUGGUGAAUUGUGAGUAUAAGUCUUAGAUGAAGUUCCUUCUAUUAUUUACAGUUUAGCAGGACAAAUGCUUGUUCAUACUCCCCCCGUUUUGGGGCUGGUCGAUGUGCGUUUCAAGGGAAAACCAUGUUUUGUCGAGCUUAAAGGUUUCUCGACCCUCUUCGCGACAACAAAAGAUCUGUAAAAUCUCCUCUUGCGAAGGGACUGCUGCUAUCGAACCCUCGACCCCUGGUUACCAUUUCCACGACCAAAUAUUUUAUGUUAUGUCUAAUACGCUAUUUCAGUAGGAUUUUCUUGUUAGCUUUGAAAGAAUAACGAUUCUUAGCCUUGAAACCGACCCUAUGUUUUGCAUGACUUACGCGCAAAUUCAUGUUAAUUAAGGUGACCUAUUUUGGCAGUGUUUUCGUUUAAACCUCAGCGCGGCCUGAGUGAUUAUUUCAUUCUCGAGUAAUGUUUACCUGCAAUCGACUCUUCACUUCAAAACGACAGCGCAUUUGCCAAAUCUAGAAAUUUCCUUUUCAACCACAAUAGCAUUGAUUAUUCCGACCCCAAAACGACCUGUUUAUCCAAGCAGCUUUGGCGUCAGUAGAGCUUAUAUUUGAGUUUCCUGUACAAAUGGAAAUUAUUCACACCGGCGUUUGUGUCAGCUGUUGAAUUUAUUCAGGCCUUUUAGCAAAACCUUUAUCAGAUGCAUUUGUUGAACGUGACUCACUGCUUCUUUGGACGAUAUUUUGUAACAAUAAUAAUUUUCUCCCAAGUAUGAAAAACCUUAAUUGAGGAAGAGAAAUUUUAAGUUUUAAAUCUUCAAAUAAUUUUUUUUCUCAGAUUCGUUUGUGUUGUAUAUUGUUUCCUGCAAGCAAAAUAUGUCGUUUGAAUUUGGUCUCCUUUUGUUGGAAAAGUCAAGUUGAAACGCGAAUUGACCACAUUGUAACCAAGGGUGAAAUUAAGUGACUGACUCAUUUUUUUUUUUUUUUCAAUUUUUUUUUGCAUAUUAGUUUCUGAUUAUUCACUUCAUACUCAAGUACAUGCAGGGAUUUUUUUUUAAAAAAUGUAUGUUACCAUUGCUUUCCUAGUUUGGAUUAGUUUUUGCCCACAACUUGUGAUGAUUGCUUUUCUGUGCUGAAAAAAAAUUCUUGUUUGGACAAAAUUCUAUUUUUAGAAAUUAAUUUAUUUUUGUUUGCCUUUUCUUUUUUAUUUAUUCCAUCAUUUUUUUUCUAUUUUGUACUGAAUAUCACUUAGUGAAGAAAAAGCUUUCAACACAUUCUAAAACAUGAAACAGCCCAAAUUAGAAAUAUUGAUAUUUUUAGCUUUUUAGAUCUUUGAUUUCAUUACUCUGAUAUAUUAAUUUUAUAUACAGUAUAGCUCAGACUUUUGGGGGGUUUUAUAUGGAGAGGCUCCGCCCCGAGGUCCAACCCCUUACCCUUUUAUAUACCAGUUUUGACAUAAAAGGUACCCCUUUCAUGUACCUUUAAUUGAAAAAUGGUACCCCUUUUUUUUACAUACGUAGUCAAAACGUUUGCAUCCCUGUUAACUGCUGUAAGUACGAUGUCUUGAAAGUAUAAAUAAAUCACAAAACCAGAAUGUUUUCUAAACUUUUUCACAGCCAUAAAAAUGCAUCUGUUAGCUUAUUUUAGCCUUUUUACAGACCGAAAAGACAGAUUUCCCUACCCUUUCAUAUACUUCAACCAGAAAAGUUCGUACCCUUUCAUAUACCUUAAGCCUCUAAAAGGUAUCCCUUUCAAGCAGAGCCUCCCCAUAUAGGCCAUCAUAGGGAGUACCUCCACUAGUUACUCCUGACCACUCUCUGACAUAUUUAAGAUUUAUAGAAAAAUUAUCUCGCCUUAUUUUAAUCUUUGUAACCCAGGUGGCAUAUCUAGGGAAGGGACCAGGGAGGUCUGAGCUCCCACCUUAUUUUUGGAGAUAUCCAGAUAUCUGGAUUCAGAACCAUGCAAUGCUAGCCAAAAGAAGUGAUUUUUAGAGUUCAGUUUAUUAUUCCUAUUCCGAAAUACGGUCAAGUGAACAUGCCCCAUCUCCAUCAUUAAUAAUCUCACUUUUUCUUAGGUUGGGAGUAGCUAACACUAGCUAUACACCUAGGAUAAAAAACAUUUAGACCACUGCAGCCCAAUAUGGCCUAUAAAAUGCAUCUUGUUAUUUUUUAACCUUUUUAUCUUAGGGUCUAGAUGAGUGGACUCCCUAGUUGAAGACCUGAAUCCACCAUCUUAAGUUCUAACUAGAAAUGCAGUCACUGUUGUUCUCACUCUGCCAAUACACCCAUGUCACUGUCGAGAUAGUUCUUUAUGCCCAUUUUGAUAAUCAUGGAAAAAAUGGGGCAAGAUGUCAGUUUGUACUCUUGCUCUUUAAGAUGAAUUUGACUGCAUCCAUUGUCCUCCAAAAAGAUUUUUUUGGAACUGUGAAUUAAGAGGUUGAGAUUAUUAUGGCACAUCUGAAGGUAUGGCAUUUCACCCUUUUUUUGCAGUCCUCUGUUUGUAACUUGGAAGAUUGACAAUGGCCGUGAAAGAGGCCGCACACUGAGAGGCUGUAUAGGUACAUUUACUGCAAUGCGAUUGCAUAAAGGUCUUAGAGAUUAUACGUUGUCAAGGUAAGACUAAGUGUAUACUCCCAGGGUGGGUACUCCCAUAAAUUGGAUCAUUAUACUUUUAAACUACUCACCUACCCCUCCCUUAAGCCAACAUUUUUCCAUAAGUGAGAAGUACAUGCAAGCAUUAAUGUUGGCUUAAGGGAGGGUAGGUGGGCAGUUUGUCAGAAACAUUUGAUCUUAUUAAUUUAGGACAGGUGUAUGCCACCCAGGGUCCUUAUCUUGACCCUGUUUAAGGAUGAGACAAGACAAGUAAAAACAAUUUUGAUACCCUAUUCAAGGCCCAAACCCAGAAAUUGAUACCUAAUUCAAAGGAAAAAUAAAAUCUAAGAAUUUAAUGGUGUGAACUAUUUAAUUAAUACUUCUUAUACACCUGCAAAUACUCUUUGGGAUAACUCAAUUUUAUCAUGAUCUUGUUUCUUGUGUAGCUAGACUUAAAGAGUAAGCACUUUAAGGAUCAAACUGCAAACACAAUGCCUCCAAGAGCAAAAAAGAUAUCCUAUUUGAGGAUCGAGACCAUCAAAAAGGAUGCCCUAUUAGAUGGCACAUACCUUUCUAGCCCAUGUAUGGGAGCACCCUCCCCCACCCCCCGUAUGUAUACUUGAUCUCUGUUUUCCUUCUUUCAGUUUCAUUAGUGGAACAUAAUUUUUUUAAGGUUCCAUGUCAGUAAAUAAAAAAUGAUCAAGAGGGGUUUUUCGUGUCCUCCAUCCCUCACUGAAUCAAUUGGAAUUUAGAAAUGGUGGUUUUUCAUGGGAGCAGAAGAAAGCCAGAGUACCAGAAGGUGACAUGAAAAUUAAAAUAGAUGCUUGGUUUUUGGGCAAGCUUUUGCUGAAGUUUAUCAUUCCAGAGCGGUCAUGUUGGCCUGGACAGCACAUUCUUGCAUUGUGGCAUCUGAAGAAAAACCUCUUAGAAACCACAGUCCAGCCCCUUGCUGUCCCCAUAGCUCAUAGUUCACCUUUGGAAUAAACCAUCACUUAACUUUAUUGUUCCUGUUGAUAUUUUAUAAACUUAAGUUCUAAAUGAAUGAAUACCUUUCUCUUCCUCUUUUUACAGUGCCCUGAGGGAUACCCGAUUUUCUCCAGUAACCAAAGAGGAACUUUCUCUCCUAUACUGUUCUGUAUCCGUCUUGACCAACUUUGAGGAAAAUGUUAACUGUCUAGACUGGGAAGUAAGUGUCUUAUGCUAUAGUUCACAAUGGAAUUCAGGUUAAAAUGGUGUCAACCCAGGUUGAUUCUCAAUUUCCUUUGUUUCUCAACCAACGUUAACAAAAUAAAGCUUUUGACAAGGAAAUUUAUUUUUGUUUUAUUUUGCAUGUGGAUGGGAUCACAUUUGAAAGAAGAUGUCCUUUAGGGUUAAUUUGUGGUUUUUUGUUUAGAAAACAUAUAUGGGUGAAAAGGUCUAUUCUAUUUUUGGAUGGAUGAGAAUUUGAAAAAAACAGUUCUUUUGGGGUUAUUUCAUGUGGAUUUGAAUAUGGGAAAUGUUUUAAAACAUACAAACUGAAGAUGUCUAUUCCAUCUUUAGUACCAUAGCCCGGGGCUUGGAUUUUUCAUAAAGUGAUUUUUGAGGAGAAACUUUAUGCUUGUUUUUGGGAAAUUAUUUUAUAGAAGGAUGGUAAUCAAUCCUGCUAAUCCAAAAGGGUUUGGGGAAGUUGAAAUGUUUUUACUCCACACUACAGGGCUCGAAAAAAACUUGAAUUCCAGCUUUUUCUUUGGGCAAGCAGGUCUCACAUUUUACUUGCCAGAGGCCACUUCUUGCUUGUCUUAGUUAGUGAUUUUGUUAGGGGAUGACCUCCUGCGACCCUUGUCCAUUGGGCAGAGAAGUUUUAAAAGAUACUCUCCCAGCAAGAAAAGCAACUUGUCCCAGACUACCAGACAUGACUUUGCAAAAGACACGAAAGUCAUAAACAAACACAUGAUUGUUUUCAGCUCAGUUCCAAAAUACCAGAUGCUGUUGAGAAUGAAGAAUAAUUGGAUAAAGAUGAUAACAACAACCGAUUUGCGUAAAAUAGGUCUUGAAAUCAGGGAAUGACAUUUCAGAGAACUUAUCUCCUAAAUAUCCUAGCGAGGGCAGGGCCAUGUCCCUCACUCCACUACCCCUCCCCCCCCUCCCCCCAAGGAAAGUGCACCUCUGGGGCCGUUUUGGCCCUACUGGCCAUGAAUGGUCUCCUUUCUGCUUAGGAGCUUAAAUUAUAGGAGAACACUGCUUGUGACAGCUAGCUGUAGAGCAUUAAGAGAAACAGACCUACCUAUUCAAGACUAAGACGCAUGUUUAUGAAAAUAUUUGCUUUGUACAAGCACCAAAGAUAUCUAUUUAUGUACUUUAAAAAAUUAAUAUUAAUUAAAGUUAUUGAUUUGUUAGAUUGGUGUGCAUGGUAUACGGAUUGAGUUUUACAAUGAAAAAGGUCAUCAUCGUACAGCCACAUACCUUCCUGAAGUAGCCAAAGAGCAAGGUAGGUAAUAGCUGUUUGAAGCUUAUUUAACGACUUGGAUGUUCUUCUUAGUUUCUUUCAUUUUGAUUAUCUCCCCUGAGGAAUUUAUUCGCACUACCUUGUACGGCAAAAUAAACAGUAUCACAAAAAAGAACUCUUCAGUAGCUUUCAUUUGAAUGGUCUAAAGUUAGAGCCACUUCGUGCAGCAUAAUAAACAAUACCUUAGGAAUGUAUUCUUCAGUAGCUUUCAUUUGAAUGGUUGCACUUUAGGAUUUUACAGUCUACUCUCUCUUAACGGACACCUCUAUAAGACGGACACCUCUGUAAAACGGACACUCAGAGUUGGUCCCUGCCUUUCUUUACUUCCUUUAUUUGACUCUCUAUAAGAUGGACAUCUCUCUAAGAUGGACACAUACUGCAGGUCCCCAAGGUGUCCUUCUCAGAAAGAGUUGACUGUAUUCACAGAAAUGUUACCUUCCCUGUUGCAUUAAUUUCCUUUACUUGAAAGCCGUUUUCCACUAAGUUUGCAUUAAUUUAGGUCGCAUUAACUUCUAAUAACUUAAUUCCAUGGAGCGUUAAUUUCCUUUAAUAAGUGAAAUCGUAAUUAUUAUUUAACUUGCGUUUAGGUUGGAAUCAGAUCCAAACCAUUGACUCGCUGUUAAGGAAAGGUGGCUUCAAAGGGACCAUCACAGCCGAGGUCCGCAAUACCAUUAAAGUAACUCGUUACCAGAGUGAAAAGGUGACAGUUGCAUACAGUGAGUACCUGGCGUCAAAACAGGCCACAUGACAAUUGUGGAACCUAGGGCUUUUAACAAUUUAGGAAACUAGUUGUUAAUACCAUUUUAAAAGAUGUUGAAUAAUUCUUUGUUAUUGUUAUAUUAUUAAUGUAUAUUUAUUGAUGCAAUUGGUUACAGUCCUCUGUUACUAGGGAAAGUGCUUUCAUCCUGUUCUUUUCCAGCCCUGUUUUAAGAGACUGAAAACAACAGGAAGGAAAGAAUUUGCUAUGUAUUAUAAUAAUUAUUGUUGUGGUUGCCUGGGAAAAAUGAAGGCCUUUUACAACUUCAUUGUUGUUGCUUGACAGUGUGGGUUUGUUUGUUUCCUUACCCUCUACCAAGGCUGUCUCUACAUAUUUGCAACCAAGAAAUUUUCUGGUCUUUCAAAACUUUAAAGCUACUCUCAAUAUAAUUAUUGACAACAACAUAAAUCAAUUUUUGGUAAAAAUCUCCAUGGGGUUAAGGGGUUAAAGACAAUGAAAAGGUAUUUCUUCCUCACAGUUGUUCUUCUUCCUUUUUUGGGGGGGAGGG